GUCCGGCUGGUGACGGUAUUAAUUCGUUGUACAUGGGUAAUGAUUUUUUGUUGAUUAUUUGUUUUUCUGCAAAUUUUGAUUGACUUGGUCUCAUGUUUUUUGUUUAUCUUUCAGCGGAUGUUUUUGCUGGGCUGGCUACCGCGGAGGAGAUGGCUAAAGGCGCCAGCGUUGCGCAGGAAGGACUUGCCGUUCCUCCGCGGCGUGAGCCUGCGCCUUCUGCGUUGGCCAACAGGCCUUCGCCUGCUGAUGUACUUGGCCCCGGUGCUUCUGAUCCUUCGAUCACAGGUUGGACCGGUGCAUUGCGCGAGGUUCAUUCCUUGGUCGGAGAUCGUUUUCGUCAGAAGCUCCGCGGCAUGGACUUUGACACGCUCCUCCGCGUGCAAUAUGAGCACCAUAGCCUUGGUCAUCACAUGGCUGCUGCCUUGGAGGAGCGUUGCUCCCGAGAGGUCAUUUGCCGUGAUGAAGCAAUUGAGGCUCUUAAAAAGGAAAAUGAAACUUUGGAGGCUGAGAAGACUCGCCUGUCGGAGGAAGUUAAGGGAUUUGCUUCUAUUCGGCAGGCGGUUGAGGUGCUAAGGAAGGAGAAUGAAGAGUUUAAGCUUGCGUCGGAGGUUAUUAAGAAGGAGAAGGAGGAGGCUGAAGCUGCUGCGGCUGUCCUUCGCGAGAGUGCUUCCCAGCAUGAACGGACGAAGGACCUGGCUGUGCAGCGCGCUGAGAAGGCCGAAGACGUUGCUGACCGGCUGCGCAAGGAGUUGGAUGCUGAGAGGACGUCUGCUGCUGCGUUGCAGUCCCGUCUGCAGAAGGCGGAGGUGGAGGCUGCGGCUGUUGUUGGGCUCUACACCCACUCGCUGCGGCGACGUUGGGGCUAG